AGUCAAUUGCUGUCGAGUUAUAGUCGACUGUUGAAAGUCGCCUUUAAGUCAACUGAGAAAAGUCGGCCUACCAGUCGACUAACAGUCACGCGUGUUGUGUGGGAUCCCAUCAAUAACUUUCAAUAUUACUUUAGUAUUUCGUCAUUAUAUAUACUAAGAGCAAUGUUGUUCAUUAUUGUGGCACUAAUUGCGAUUCUUGCGUGUAUAAUAAUAAAUUACUUUAUUCGAAAAUUCUUUUCGUUUGAAGCACUGAACAAAUUACCAGGUCCAGUCCGACUGCCACUUGUCGGUACUUCGUACAUCUUUUUGCAACAAAAAUCGCAAGAUUUUCUAGAUAUUAUCAUGCUGAUCUGUAAGAAGUAUUCUUCUCCAUUUCAAUUUUGGAUGGGUCCUCAACUAAUCAUCGUCAUAUAUGAACCAAAUGAAGUACAGACUGUUUUAAAAAGCCGUCUCUGUUUGGAUAAAAGUAUGGUGUAUAAGGUUUUAGAACCAAUAUUUGGCUCAGGAAUAGCGUCAGCCCCUGCACACAUAUGGACUGGACAUCGAAAAAUGAUAGCUCCAAUUUUCAAAACAGUCAAUUUGAGAAAAUUUGUUGAUAUAUUUGUUGAAGAAGCUUCAAUGUUAACUGAAGAAUUAGAAAAAGUUGAGCAUAAUGAAAAUGAAAUUUUCUUUCUUAAACCUCUAGAAAAAUGUGCUCUUAAAAUUGCAUGUGGCACUAUGAUUGGUAUCAAGGUAGAAGAAAAUAUACUUGAUAAAACUGUGGAGGCAUUUGAAAGAAUGAAAGAAAUUAUAAGAGCUAGAUUUCGGAACCCAUUUUUGAUUCCUGAUUUUAUAUUUAAUCUUACAUCUAUGGGAAAGAUGCAGCGAGAGAUAUUAAUCUUUGUUCAAUCUUUUAUUGAUAAGAUGAUUCAGCAAUGGGCAAAUGAAUCAAAUACAACAAACGUUAAUGAUAGCAAAGCUCAUAAAAGACUUGUGGACAUUUUAAUGAAUUCAACUGAUAAAGAAUUCAUAGAAAAGGACAUUUUCUACAAUUUGUUUACGAUGUUAGUAACGGCCAGUGACACCACUGCUGUUACGAUGUACUUUGUGAUCUUUAUGUUAGCAAACUUCCCAGAAAUACAGGAAAAAGUAUACAAAGAGUUGUUGGAAAUUUAUGGUACACAAACUCCAAAGGCAGCACCGGUUAAAUAUGAGGAUCUACAACAUAUGAACUAUUUGGAACGUGUUAUUAAGGAAACUUUGAGAAUUUUUCCUACUGUUCCUAUUAUCGCACGACAAGUGACGGAAGACUUCAAAAUAGGAGAUAUUGUUUUACCAAAACAUACUGAUAUUCUCAUCCCAUUUAUUCAAAUGCAUCGAAAUAAAAAGUAUUGGCCGAAUCCAUUGGUGUUCGAUCCGGAUAGAUUUCUUCCGGAAAAUAUAAAAAAUUAUCAUUUGUUUUAUUUUACUCCUUUUAGCGACGGGCCAAGAAAUUGCAUAGGUAUGAGAUAUGGAAUGAUGUCUAUGAAAGCUAUUCUAGCGACGUUGAUACGAAGUUUCAUAUUUAAAGUAAAUGAAACCAUUGAAAUAGAUAAAAUAAAAUUAAAUAUGGACAUCGUGUUAUCGACUUUAGAACCUGUAAAAAUUAAAUUAAAAAAACGAAAUCCCUAAUAAUGUAACAUGUCUAAUGUAUGUAUAUAUCGAUGAUAGUAUCGUGCAACAGUUUUUUUUUUUUUAAUUAUUAAAACUGCAUAUGCAUGUCAAAGAAUAUACGGAAAUGAAAGUAGAUGAAAAAAAAAUAAAUACACAUUUUCCUCUUUAAAA